AUUACAUCGCCGAGUAGUCGAUAAAAGUUUGUCCAACCUUAAAAGAUAAACUUGGAGUAUUCCAAUUAAUCAAUGAUCCAACAAAAAUGAGAUAGCCAAAGCACAGUUCAAAUGACCUUGACUCUCCUCCAUCCCUCUCACCUGAACUCUCAAAACUCCGACAACCAUGGCCGAUCAACCUCCACCUUCACCUUCAUCCUCUGAUCCCACUGAAAUCCACCAUGAACAACCCCUGAUUCCAGCUCUCUCAAACGACGUCGCACUGCUAUGCUUAGCUCGAGUUCCUCGCUCCCACCACCCUUUCCUCUCUCUUGUCAGCAAAUCAUGGCGGUCCAUUCUCCGUUCUCCUCUCUUCCACGCCACUCGCUGUGCACUCAACACCACCCAAUCAUUCCUCUUCAUCAACCUUCGCAUCUUCAACUCUAAAGACUCUUCCUUCUCUUUCAAAUGGUACUCUCUAGACCCUUCUGCAUUUUUCCCCAAAAAUCCCCAAAUUAAUCACAUCCCAAGAACCCUAAUCCCGUUUAACCCCUCCCCAUCUCACUUAAUUGGGGCUUCUUUCGUUUCAUUAGGUCGCCAUUUGUAUGUAAUUGGUGGGUCUGUCAAUGAUAUCCCUUCCCCAAACUUGUGGGUUCUUGAUUGUUUGUCUAAUAAAUGGGAAGUGGGUCCUAAAAUGAGGGUUGGGAGGGAAUUUGCUGCUUCUGGGGUGAUUGAUGGGAAAAUUUGUGUUGGGGGUUGUGUUGUGGAUAAUUGGGCUAGGUCUAUGAACUGGGCUGAGGUUUUUGAUCCGAUUAGCCGGUUGUGGAGGCCUGUUCGGAGUCCGAUUGAGGUGAAGGAGAAGUGGAUGCACGCUAGUGCUGUAGUGGAUGGGAGAUUGUAUGCAAUGGCUGACAGGAAUGGGGUAAUUUUCGACCCGGGGAUGGAGGAGUGGGGGUUGGUGUCAACGGAGCUCGAUUUGGGGUGGAGGGGGCGGGCCGCUGUGGUGGAUGGAGUGUUGUAUUGUUAUGAUUAUUUGGGGAAGAUUAGAGGGUUUGAUGUUGGGGAGAAUGAGUGGAAGGAGUUGAAAGGGGUAGAUAACAGUUUGCCUAAGUUCUUGUGUGGUGCUACUAUGGCUAAUGUGGGUGGGAGGUUGUUUGUGGUGUGGGAAGGGAAAGCGAACCAGAAGGCGAAUGAGAACGGGGGCUGGAGUGGGCAGGAAAUGGAGGUGCUUUGUGCUGAGAUUUUGGUGAGGAAGAAUGAAUUAGGGGAAUUGUGGGGAUCAAUUGUAUGGUCGGAUGUGAUCAUUGUUAUUCCCAAAGGGUCCUCUGUUGUGCAUUGCUUGGAUGUUCAUUUGUGAGUUUCUCAGGAAUAACAUCAUACGUAUGUUCCUGCAUAGGCUUUGUCAUUGAUAAUGGUAUCAGUGAAGGUCAAAUGAGGUUGAAGCAUAAGCAUUUAGCCAUGCCUUCAUUCACAUCUGAAGCAAAAUUUCCAGACCUGCGUAAGUCUCUACAUUUUCCUGCUCUUGGUGUCUUCGAACUUUGUAUUAAGACUUAAGACCUCAUAGAGUUCACCCUCAAAUAAAGCUGUCUUCUGAAUAAUAUGAAGACAGUCUGCAUUGCAAUUGUACAAUAGUGUAAUUUGUAUGUUCGGCAAUUAAUGCCAUUCUGUUAAUUACUCAAUUUGCUUGACCCUGAAAAAUACAGUUGUUCAAUGAUCAUUAUCAUAUGUGCUAGCCAUUUUUUUCUUUUUCACUUUUCCAAGCAGGGUUGCAAUUGGCUAAAGGAGACUCCCUUCUAGGCUUUAUGGCUUGUAAAAUGGUCAUUCUGUCUCACUGGUUGUUCCCAAUGAUCGCUGUUGUUCAAGGCAAAGAGUCGUAAUCAGCAGUGUUCAUUAUGCAAACUUGUCCAAGCACCGACUGCUCCUCAAAGAAAUUUGGUUUCCUCCUUUAUUCCUAAUAUGAAGCAUGGUGCGUAUGUACACAGUCUCAGCAAUUAGAAUAAAUUGCAAACUGCACGAAAAACGCUUAGCUGGGGUAUCAAUUACCCAGAUUUUGUAUUGAAGAAAAUGUGAAUAAUGCAUACUAUUAAGUGACAACUUUUUCAAACAUCUUAUUUAGUCGUCAUUCUAUAAUUUAAUUGUUAUCUUGAUUAAAGCAUUGAUGAUGAA